GCUUCCAGGAGGAGGCGACCUCCGGGAGGAGACUGAAGUCGGUGAAGAUUCCUUAAGGGAAGGGCAUCCCAGCCAGAGGGCAGGGCACAGGCCAAGGCCCCAGGGAGGCUUUGAGGCUCCUGGAAGCUUUGAGGCUCAUCGGCGGUGGAGCCUGGUGCACUGUGGGCAGGAGACAGGAGAGGGGCAUGAAUGGCCCCCCGAGCUCACGCCCCGUGAUCUGGGCCAAGUUCAGACUCUUGCCUUAGGCCAUUUCAAGGCUCCUCAGGAGGGUGGAGGGUGGACUCAGUGAGGGCUGGUGCCACAUGGGGGACAACAGGGGAGGGUCCUGUGGGCUUGAGGGCACUGGGUGUGCUGGGCAGAGACAUCCACUUGGGUUCCUUUGAGACGCUCCCCGUGGCCACCUGAGAGGCAGUGGCGUGGGUGUGCUGGAGUCCCUGAGAGGCUGGGUCACUGGGGUGAAGCUGUCCUGGGCCCUGGGGGCGGUUAACUCUGGAAGAACCGAGAGGAACACCCGCUCACUGGAGGGGCUGGUGUGGGUUUGGUGGUCGGCCAAGGGAAAUGCAUGGGGGAGCUGCCAGGAGGCAGGACGUUGGGGCUUCAGGCCGAAGCAGCCUCCGUCCUGCAACUGUAGGGGCUGAAUCAUGGCAGGAAGAGGUCGAAAAAGGAGCACGGCCCAGCCGAGGCCCAGGGAGACCCUGCGCACAGGACCAGGCCAGGCUGCAGCUGGACAGCCGCCCACAGACCGACACAGUUCAUGGGGGCAUCGUCUCCAGAGGCUUCAUUUUGACCAUGUGUAAUGCAGCGCUGGAAGCAAACACACCCCCUAGCAUCUUCCUCAGAACAUUUUCCGCCGGGCGCAGUGGCUCACGCCUGUCAUCCCAGCACUUUGGGAGGCCGAGGCAGGUGGAUCAUCUGAGGUCAGGAGUUCAAGACCAGCCUGGCCAACAUGGUGAAACCCCAUCUCUACUAAAACUACAAAAAUUAGCCGGGUGUGGUGGCGAUGGCCUGUAGUCCCAGCUGCUCGGGAGCCUAAGGCUGAAGAAUCACUUGAACCCGGCAGGUAGAGGCUGCAGUGAGCCGAGAUCGCGCCAUUACACUCCAGCCUGGACGACAGAGUGAAACUCUGUGUCAAAACAACAGCAAAAACAUUUUAAACUUUCAGAAAAGUUGCAAGAAUAGCAGAGCGCCCAGAGCGCACGCCGCGUCUUCAGCCGACGCUCCUGUGAAAUCUUGCCACACGCGCUGUCACUCUACCCGCUUUUGUGCUGCCCCAUGUAUUCCCUGAGGUCCAGCCAGCGGUGCCCCUCCAGUGGGUGCCCCUCCAGCGCGGCUUCUGUGUCUUCGUAACCAGCCCCUGAUGUGUUUUGAAUGCGUCCCGUCUUCCCUGCCCCACACCUGGAAUCAGCCUCUCUCCAAGGAGCCUGUCUCGGUCUGACCAGGGCUGCUGUGCAAAGGACGCUGGACGGGUGGCACUCAUGCCUCACAGCUCUGGAGGCUCCAAGUCCGAGGUCAGGACGCCAGCAUGGCUGGGUGCUGGCGAGUGAGGACGGGGAGAGCGUGGGUCACUGCCCCUCCUGCCAGCGGCUCUUCAUGGUCCUGCUCCUCAAGGGCGUACCCUUCACCCUCACUACGGUGGACACGCGCAGGUCCCCGGACGUGCUGAAGGACUUCGCCCCCGGCUCGCAGCUGCCCAUCCUGCUCUAUGACAGCGACGCCAAGACAGACACGCUGCAGAUCGAGGACUUUCUGGAGGAGACGCUGGGGCCACCCGACUUCCCCAGCCUGGCGCCUCGUUACAGGGAGUCCAACACCGCCGGCAACGACGUUUUCCACAAGUUCUCCGCGUUCAUCAAGAACCCGGUGCCCGGGCAGGACGAAGCCCUGUACCAGCAGCUGCUGCGCGCCCUCGCCAGGCUAGACAGCUACCUGCGCGCGCCCCUGGAGCACGAGCUGGCGCUGGAGCCGCAGCUGCGCGAGUCCCGCCGCCGCUUCCUGGACGGCGACCGGCUCACGCUGGCCGACUGCAGCCUCCUGCCCAAGCUGCACAUCGUCGACACGGUGUGCGCGCACUUCCGCCAGGCGCCCAUCCCCGCGGAGCUGCGCGGCGUCCGCCGCUACCUGGACAGCGCGCUACAGGAGAAAGAGUUCAAAUACACGUGUCCGCACAGCGCCGAGAUCCUGGCGGCCUACCGGCCCGCCGUGCACCCCCGCUAGCGCCCCACCCCGCGUCUGUCGCCCAAUAAAGGCAUCUUUGUCGUGA